AAUUUAGUUUGAAUUUAGUUUUUGAAUGAGAGAGUUGUAUAAUUUCUUAUCGCAUGAGAUUAAUAUAAACAAAACAGAAGAUAAAAAUAAUAUCCGAUAAAUUUAAAUAAAAUAAAUAAUAAAAACAAGUUAAAUAAAGUUUGCUUCUUACUCUUCGCAAAAGUUAGCUAAAAUAAUAUACGUAAAUGGUAUUUAAUAUUGAGAAGAAAACUUAAUACACAAUAAAUAACUAGUUAUUGAGUUAGGUAGUGCUCUCGUGGUCGAGUGAUGUUAUCUAAAAAGUGAUGAUUUACAAAUGCAUAAAAGAAAUAAAAAAAAAAACAUAUGGCAAAACCAUUCACUAAGAAUAAUUGUCAACAUUCUACGUAUGCAUGUGCUUGAUAUAUAUAAUAAAAACUUAUUCAAGUACUGUAUUUGAUAAGAACGUUUUGUUUUAUGAAGUGAUUCGUUCAGAUCGUUUGGAUAUAUUUGUUUUAAACAAAUUUAUGAAUAAAAUAUUAUUUGUAAAAAAUAUAAGAAUUUACUUUCGAGACGCUAUCAAGCGUUUACAUUAAAGAGGCGUCUAUCAAUGGCCACUAACGCUGAAAUACUUCCCUUUCAUCAUCAAACCAUACUCACAUUUCAGACAGCUGCUGCCCUUACUAAUUAUGGUGGAGUUGGAGGAGGUAGCAGUGGCAUUUCAACAGCUAGUCAACUAGCAGCUGCCUGGAGCAUGGAAGACCAUUUAUUUCAACAGACUGAAUUACCCGUUUUAACGAGAAGUACCCAUCAUAUGCUACGGUUUGCUCCAUAUGCAAUACCCCAUCGUCCUCAGUUGCAACCUAUACCACCUGCAUUAUAUCUUCAGCAUGCAGCUGCUGCCGCUGCGGUACAUGCGCAGCAUCAUCAUAAUCUACAACAGAGAACAACUUCGCCGGCGAGUCCACCUCCCACUGAGGGAUAUCAUAUUAGUAACCUUUUUCCGGAAAUACUCGAGUUGAUCUUUAACGAGCUGUCUGUAUGCGAUUUAGGUCGAGCAGCGCAAGUAUGUACGGCAUGGCGUGAUGUUGCCUACUCUAAAAGUAUAUGGAAAGGCGUAGAAGCUAAAUUGCACUUAAAACGUUCUAGUCCAAGCCUUUUCAAUUGUUUGGUGAAACGUGGUAUUAAAAAGGUGCAAAUUCUUUCGUUAAGACGUUCCCUUAAAGAUCUUGUAUUAAGUGUGCCCGCUUUAAAUUCCCUCAAUCUCAGUGGCUGCUUUAACGUGACUGAUGUGAAUUUAGGUCACGCAUUCUCAGUGGAUUUACCCAAUUUAAAAAUUCUCGAUCUAUCUUUAUGCAAGCAGAUCACUGAUACUAGUCUGGGUCGUAUAGCGCAACACUUAAAAAAUCUGCAAACAUUAGAUCUUGGUGGUUGCUGUAACAUCACUAACACUGGUUUAUUAUUAAUCGCGUGGGGUUUAAAAAAGUUGAAGCAUCUUAAUCUACGUUCCUGCUGCAUAAGCGAUCAAGGCAUCGGCCAUUUGGCCGGCCUUAAUAAAGCCACUGCUGAGGGCAAUCUGGAGCUUGAAUUUUUAGGAUUACAAGAUUGUAAUCGUUUAAGCGAUGAAGCCCUCGGACAUAUAGCACAAGGUUUAACGUCACUAAAAUCAAUAAAUCUAAGUUUUUGUUUAUCUAUCACGGACAGUGGUCUAAAACAUUUGGCACGCAUGCCGAAACUCGAGCAACUUAAUUUAAAUUCCUGCGAUAAUAUAUCCGAUAUUGGUAUGGCUUAUCUAACCGAAAGUGGUAGUAAUCUUAACUCUUUGGAUGUUAGCUUUUGUGUUAAAAUUAGCGAUCAAGCAUUAACUCACAUUGCCCAGGGUCUUUACCAGCUAAGAUCGCUAUCGCUUAAUCACUGUCAGAUCACUGAUCAUGGAAUUCUUAAAAUAGCGAAAGCUUUACCCGAACUAGAACAUCUAAAUAUUGGCCAAUGCGAAGGCAUUACAGACAAAGGCUUGCAAACGCUCGCCGAAGAAUUGCUUAAUCUAAAGACAAUUGAUUUAUAUGGAUGUAACAAGUUAUCAUCGAAAGGUAUUGACGUGAUAGUGAAGCUACCCAAACUCAUUGAAUUAAAUUUAGGCUUAUGGCUUAAAAGAUGAUGUGCUAAAUUCAAUUCAAAACGAACCCAGCGUUUGUCCGCGUUUAUCCAUAACUGGCCACAAAAUGAUCCAUUAUGGCAACAUUAUUACAACCCUAAGCCGGCUCGGAAUACAAGCGUACAUAAAAUUGCGGAAUGAAUCGUUCAACUUCUUGUAAUUGAAUGAAACGUUAUGAAGAAAAAUAAAUCGGUCUCCUGAGGUCUUGAGCAAAACGAAGGCACCUGAGAAAUUAAAUCAUCAUAUACUUAAAUCUGGCUUUUACAUGCGGUCGUUUACGGGUAGUACAAACUCAUUACAUUUGAUUUUAAAGUUCCAUAAGGUCAUAAAAUAUUUCCGUCCGUAUUUUUCUAUUAUUAUUAUGAAAGUUUGAUCUCUUUUAACUAACAACAAAGUAAAUAAUUACUUACAUAAUUGUUAAGCUGCCUACUGCUUGCUAUGUUAGAUUUUGUGCAUGCAUCAAACCUUAUAAGUAAACUUAUAAAAAAAAAAAAAAAAUUUAAAUGACUAAUAGAUGGGUUAUCGAACGGAAAUUCAGUAGCCGCCAAACACAAUAAGCUAAAGCCAUGAGUAUAGGUAAAUAGGAAAAAAAAGAAGAAAUGAACCAACAGUCAUGGCGACAGACAUUCAACCCCUUAAUAAUGGAAACACCCGCCAACGAAUAUAAAAAAAAAAAAAAAACGAAAGAAACCUGUGUACGCGUAGAAUACUAUGUGUAAGCAAGCGUAGGGCCAUGCAUAUAUAUGCAUAAGAGCAGACAUAUAGGUAAACAGCUUAAGCGAACAUACGCGCAUGCAAGACUUGGGGACACCAAACUAUUUAUAUCGAAUAAUUAAUUAUGCGCUUAGCAAGUCCGUGAAAAACAAAAAAAACCCCAGGAUAGAAAUAAAUGAGAUAAGGGUCACCACAUCGAAGACUUUUGUAAACUGUGUCCGAUCAGGUCAGAUUGAUAUUCAAUUCAAUGAGAAAUUUUCUAUAAAUUUAUAAAGAAAAGAAAAAAUCUCGAUAAGAAGAACGAACGUAAAGAGUAAAUAAAAGUUGUUCCAAUGAAAAACUUUAGUUAUAAGAAUGUACGUAAUUUAUAAGACGGUGAUGUGUAUGUAAAGCAAAGAAGAAAAAGAAGAAAAAGAUGAAGAAGAAGAAGAAAAAAAUUUAUACUGAAACCUCAUAGCUUUCGUUUGCCAUAAUGCGAGUAAAUAUACGUAUAUAUUAAAGUUGCAUUAAGUAAAAUAUCGGAGAGAAACAGAAAAAGAAAUGAAUUAAAUAUCAGCAACAACUACAAAAGAGGCACUGCACGAUUGAAAGAAAUAAGUAAAUGU